AUGCCCGUCAAAACAUGGUCGAGUCCCUCCUGCAUCUCAGCGUGGGUCAACCUCGGUACAGAAGAAGCAGCGGCCACUGGCAGUAACGCGUCUGAAUCCUUUGGCUUCAACGCUUCGGCUGCCCCACCAGUCUCAAACGACUCUACUCAGACUCCUACUUCCGAUUCAGAACUUAUACUCGGCUACAACAAUAUGACCAUUCGUGUGCCAAUGACAUGCUCUGAGGCCCAGGAAAUCAUGAACGUUCUGUGGGAGCGUCGUAUGGCGUGUCUAGCCCAGCACGAAAUGGCACGAAAGCGCCUCUAA